AUGAUAGUUUGGGUUCAAUUGCCAGCCUUGAAGGUCCAUUUCUACCACAAGGAGGUCUUGACUACUCUUGGAAACCUGAUCGACCGAGGAUCUGGUUGGAUGAUGAAUGGCAGAAGGUGGAAUACGAGAAUCUCCCAACGGUUUGCUUUGAAUGGGCCAAGAUCGGCCAUGUCUUUGACGCCUUUCCUCAGCUGCUCCCUGCCACAGUUCCGACAAAUGGAUGGGGGUCCGGCGAGGCGUCAGUGGAGACUUCGCUGGCGGAGUAGUCGGAGGCAAAUACGGGCUUCAGACCUUGGAUGCUAG